CACAGACAGACACACACACAGGGGUGACAUGGCUGACGGCCCAACAGAGAGCCAGCCGCCGCCGCCGCCUGGGACUCCCGGAGCGCCCGGAGCCUGGCGACUGUCCUCCGACGACGUGCGGUGCAUCACCUGGUGGUUCGGCUGGGCGCUGUUCCUGGCCAUCGCCAUCUCGCUAGGCGUGUGGAAGACCGCAGAGCCGGGCUUCCAGCUAUCUAUUGCUGUUGCACCAGAAGAGGUCAAGCCGAUGCGGUUCGACGAGUCUACUGGCGUCGUCCAUCCGCGCAUCCUCCGCGAUCAUGUCCCCUGCGCAGGCAAUCGCUGCUUCUCGGUGGCAAGACCGGGCUGCAGCGCAGCCCGAGACGGCCGUAUCACCGUCCACGUCGUGCCUUCAGCCGAGCCGCGCGCCUCGGUUCCGGUCCCGCUUGCCGGCGCCGCCUUCUUCGACUACGAUGCGGUGGUCCACGCGCUCGCAGCGUCCAACGCGACCCGCGCAGUCGACGCCCCAGACGCCGCCUGCCUCAUUGUCCCGGGCCUCGACUCAGCUUCCAACUUGGGGGCCGACGGCGGCAACCACCUUGUGCUCGACGCGCUCUCGCCGCCGUGCGAUGCUUACCCGGCCGGCCGUGCCGUCCGCUGGGCCCGCGCUGCCGACGAGCGCUGCUACUGGUACCACCACGACCUGGUCAUUCCGUCGUCAGGCGCCGUGGCCGAGGUUGCGGCUUAUGCCGAGCCCGAUGCGCCGGCCGUGCUCUCGGCCUCGGAGCGGAGUCACUUGCUCGCAGUCGUCGGUCCCCGCGAUGUCUUGCCCGAGAUCGACCACGAUCCGCCGUACGUCGUCCGCUGCGACGAGUGCACCGUCGACGCGGAGGCCGAGCGCGCGCUCUAUCGUGCAUCCAAGUACGUCGUCCUCGACGUGCUCACCAACGCCGGCCCGGAGCAGCUCUUCCGAGUCAUGGCCGCUGGCGCCGUUCCGGUCGUCGUCCACCGCGGCUACACCAUUCCCAUCCUCCCACUCGCCGAGGCCAUUGCCUGGCAGGAGCUGGUUUUCUUUGUCAUGGCCUCGGACCUCCCGGAACUGGCUGUCACCCUUUACUCGUUGGACGACGCCGUCCAGGACGAGCGCGCCGCCGCCAUCGCCGGCGUGCUCUCAUCGACCUUUGGCUCUACACGGUCGGUUGUUGAUGCUGCGCUCGGCAUCACCACCAGGCGCAUUGCUGCCACCCUCGCCUCGCUCGACGCCGAUCCCGACGACGAGCUGGCCCGUGCGCGCGCCCUUGACGACGCUGGCCUCGGCAUCGCCUACGUUGCUCAUCUCCGCCAGCUCGUUGCCGACGCCGCCGACUGA